AUUUCCACAAAGUACCAAAUUGGUCGUAUUGCUAUCGAUUAAUAAGCUUCGUCGCCCAGAAACGAGAGAGAUCUCUGGAUCCAAAAAUGGCGUCUUCGGCAGCGGCGGUAAUGGCGAUCGUUCCCUCUUGUGCAAGAUCGGCAUUUCUCAACCCCCAGAAAACAGAUGGGGCGGACUCCUUUGUGUUGGUUCCUAACCGCAGGAAUCCCAUUUCCACUUCGAAGGCUUCGCCACUGCGCGCUACGUUUAGGAGUAAUAAUUCGGUUAUCCCGAAGAUUAAAGCCCAGAGCUCCCCAGGCGCAGCAGAGUAUAUUCCGCAGGCAGAAUUUUACAAAAUCGAAGCAAUCCUAAGGCCGUGGCGAGUUCCCCAUGUAUCGUCGGGUUUGCUGCAAAUGGGCAUUCGGGGGGUUACAAUUUCGGAGGUUAGAGGUUUUGGAUCACAAGGUGGCUCAACAGAGAGGGACGGAGGAUCUGAGUUUUCAGAAGACAAGUUCAUAGCAAAAAUCAAGAUGGAGGUAGUGGUAUGCAAAGAUCAGGUGGAAGCUGUAAUCGACAAAAUAAUCAAGGAAGCAAGAACAGGAGAAAUUGGCGAUGGAAAAAUUUUCAUGAUACCUGUUUCAGAUGUAAUAAGAGUUCGUACAGGUGAACGUGGCGCGAAGGCUGAGAGAAUGAGUGGUGGACUAGCAGAUAUGAUUUCAACCUCUAUAUCUACUUGAAAAGUUUCAUACUGUUAUAACUUAUCAACAGAAAAUAAAGAAAGGGUUGGCCGGCGGGGAAAAUGUGUGUCUGGACGAAGGAAUGACUUCACCGUUCAUGCCACUGCGUGAGGUAUUUCGCAAGCCGUUCAAAAUGACUCAUCUUGUCUCUAACUUUUAGCCAAUGCUGGAACAAUUAAACCAAUGUUGUCCUCGUUUUGAUUACUGUCUCUCAGUUUGUGUUUCUUCCGACGAUAUUCUGUUUAUGUCGUGAAGAAUACCUUGAACAAGUUUCCUCAGUUUGUGUGUUUCUUCCGACGAUGAUUCUGUUUAUGUCGUGAAGAGAAUUCCUUGAACAAGUUUGCUUAUUGCCGCCUUGAAUCAUAUGUUUGGGAUUUGAUACUA